ACGGAAAGAGGGCAAUUUAAAAAUCGAGGAGCCUAGGCCUUCCAAAGGCGCUGCUGGGAGCAGUCGCCGAUUCACUCCUUCGUUCCCUGGGGCUGUGGCAGAUUUGGGGUUUCCCCCUCCCCGCAGUCGAAUACUUGGGAAGGGCGGAAGUCAGCGGUUAAAACUGGGGUAACUUUUUAGGACAACGUGCUUGCGCAGCUCUCCCUCCGGGCGGAAGACAGUGAGAAGAAGAAGCUACUGCAGUGGCCUCUGUAAUAACUAUGUUUACCUGUGAUAUUUGCGGAGAACUAGUAGCCUCUGAACAAGACAUGAAGACUCAUCUUCUUUUGACUCAUAUGGAAAAUGAAGUGGUCUGCCCAUUUUGCAAAUUAUCUGGUGUGAAUUACGAUGAAAUGUGUUUCCACAUUGAAACAGCCCAUUUUGAACAAAAUGAAAAUGAAAGAGACUUGGAGAAAGUUAACCAAGUACAACAUAGAACUCGUGAUAGAAAAACUGAAAAAGAAAACUCUCAUCACUAUAGAAUGAAAGUUGAUGAAGAUUAUUCUGCUUGUGCAUCAAAUGAUGUGAAAAUUACAGAUCACAGUCACUCUAAGGAUGCUUCUUUAAAGUGUAAAACCUUUCAUUCAGAGAAUUUGACUGAACUGAGAGAGUUACAAGAAAAUAGACUGAAUCAAGCUGACUUAACUGAAAUAAAUGAAUCACUGUCCAGUAUUCCAGAAUGUCCAUUCUGUGGGAAAAUAGAAGCAUGUAAUGAAGAUUUGGAAACACAUGUGAAAAAAAAGCAUGCCAAUCUUUUAAAUACUCCAGCAGAAGGCCAAGAUCAGCCAUUCUAUGAAUGUCCAAUAUGUGGUCUUAUCUGUACAAAUUAUCAGAUCCUACAUGAACAUAUCGAUUUGCAUUUAGAAGAAGGCCAUUUUGAAGGGUCGAAUAAAGAGUCUAGUGACUUGGAAUUGGCUCGUCGGCUCCAACAAGAAGAAGACCGACAGAGGGUGUCUGAGGGAUCAAAGCAAGAAAUAGAAGAAUUCCAAAAGUUGCAGAGACAAUAUGGUUUAGACAAUUCUGGAGGCUAUAAACAGCAGCAACUGAGAAAUAUGGAAAUUGAAGUACGUAGAGGAAGGAUGCAACCAAUUGAGUUUCAUAAAAGAAAAGCCGACAUGCUGGAAUCAUUAGCUUUUGGCAUAGAUGAUGGCAAAACAAGGACUUCUGGAAUAAUUGAAGCCCUCUCUAGGCAUUAUCAGAAUGAAGCAAGAGAAGUGAGACGAGUGUGGCUUUCCACAGGAGUAGAUCAUUUUUUUUCAUCUUUAGGAGACAAAGGCUGGGGUUGUGGCUACAGAAAUUUCCAAAUGCUACUUUCAUCUCUAUUGCGAAAUGAUUCUUAUAAGGACUGCUUAAAAGAUAUGUCCAUUCCUUGCAUUCCAAAAAUUCAGUCCAUGAUUGAAGAUGCAUGGAAAGAAGGGUUUGAUCCUCAGGGCGCCUCUCAACUCAACAACAGGUUACAGGGAACAAGAGCCUGGAUUGGAGCAUGUGAAAUAUAUUCACUGCUAACCUCUCUCAGGCUAAAGUGUAGAAUUAUUGAUUUUCACAAGCCUACUGGCCCUUUGGGCACACACCCUCGAUUAUUUGAAUGGAUAUUGAACUACUAUUCUUCAGGCAGAGAAGGAGGUCCAAAGGUAGUAUGCUCCUCCAAACCUCCCAUCUAUCUACAGCAUCAAGGACAUAGCCGAACUAUUAUUGGAAUUGAAGAGAGAAAGAACAGAACCCUCUGUUUACUAAUAUUUGACCCAGGUUGUCCUUCUCGGGAAAUGCAAAAACUAUUAAAACAAGACAUUGAGGGCACCAGCCUCAGACAGCUCUGGAGAUUUGUGGGAAAUUUAAAGCAUAAGCAGUACCAGAUAGUAGCUGUAGAGGGUGUACUUUCUACAGAAGAGAAACUUGCUCAGAUGAAAGCUUCUCAAAUCUUUACAGCUGAGAAGAUUCCUUGAAGAACUACUACUCCUAGAUGAUCUAUGCCAUUUCCUGAAUUCAGAAAUAACUCAUACAUGCUGCUUUCAAAUCUAUGUUUACUAAGCAUUCAGCUGUUCAGAGUACUCUUACAGAUUUUCUAAAAUGUCUAAAUUAUGUUGUCUUCAAUAGCUCUUCAUUAUUUAAUAAUUGACUUAAUAAACUAUCUUUGAAAGAGGUUUUAUUUUCCUUUCUCAUGUCAAAAAAAUUCCCGUGUUAGUGUUACAGGAAAAAGAAUGGCUUAACUGUACCCACAAGUUGGAAAUUAAUUGUUUUUUAAUAUAACUGUGUCUGAAGAUGUCUUUGAACUCACGUCUUCCUGACUCCAAGCCCAGUGCUCUAUCCACUGUUUUGUUGUGGUUCAGUCAUUUCAGUUGCUUCCAACUCUUCAUGACCCCAUUUGGGUUUU